AUGGGUGAUGUUCACUCAGGCUUCUGCAGCGUCGGCACGACCAGGCUCAAAAUCCGAGGAAACUGGGGUGUCACUCGGUUGAAUGCAUUGUCAACUCUCGGAUCGUACGGGGUGAGAGGCAGGGUACCCGUCGAAUCCCCGAUGAUGAUGAGGAUACUUGUGCAUGAAGAAUAUUUCCUGAAGAAAGCUCGGGCCUUCAAGCCGAGUAGUUCGUCGGCAUCAAGACAAACAAGCCAAUGGAGCACCAGCGAUUCGAUUCCCUGGGAUUCCAACGUCACGCUGGAUAAAAUUGGGGAACAUGACGACCGGCUCUCCCUGGAUUGCCGGGGAAAUGAGGAGCAGGAUCGCGCACCGUGCUCCGUCCUCCUUUAUGCGGCCGGAUGGCUAGUUUACGCCACGUUCCUGUCCCCAACUCUGCACCCUGUCAACUUUCUAGCUCUCCAUUCAUUGGCUCCUUGUCUUCGACGAAGCAACGGAAUCCUUUUCCCUGUCCAGUAUCUGCUUACAGAAGUCUCUCGGUCGACACGAUGGGUGGAAUGUCUUCCUCGGACUUGGAUCCCGAGUGAGCUCUUCGAAGCUUUCAGGGGCUUAUCGGACGCCAAAAAGCUUCAUCAUCAAUUGCAAGCAUCCCUCGGCGGGGAGAAAAUUUUUCAAGUUCGUCCCACCUGCGGCCUGCCUCUCUGCAGUCAGUAUUUGGCGUCGAGCUACGGAGUUCUCCAUGCGGUUGGGACACAUUGGACAGCCGCCCUGUGCUACCUCCUCAUCGCGACUUUCGCAGCCACUAUCAAGGGAACGUGCACCAUUUCUUCUUUGUCUCCACCGAGAUCUGUUCUCACUCGCUGCACCGCCAAUCUCGUCACAAUUUUGCGCACCCCCAGAUUUUCUUGGCGACUCUAGCCAUUGAUCUGGCGCAUCUAAAUAUUGUGAAAUACCACUGCACCCAUCCCUCCGCGGCCUUCUUGCGGUGUGUUUUCUACCGUUGACAUUCCCAAAGAUCCGAUCCUGUGGUUAGACCAAAGCUGGUCGUACGCUCAUGUCGAUGCUUGUGCAACAUUGAGCCGGGGUCUAAAUUUUGCGUUCUCCGCUGUAAAGUGGACUCGUCUAUUCGGCCUUGAACAUCCAAUUUGUCCGCAGAUUCAUAUUUGGUACGAGUUCGCCAUCCUCAAGUGCACUGUGCACGAUUUUUGCUAUCCUUGGAUACUGUGCACACCACAUUUUUCCAGCCCAUUACUCAGUGGAAGCUCUCAGCCCAAAGAUACCUUCACCUCUAUCGAUAGCAUAUCCGGAUCGAGGUUCAAUGAAACAUCAGACUAGUGAGAGUUCGUGGGCACAAAACUUUCCUCUUCGACGGGCGUCCUGUGAGUGGAAGAUGCGCAAGGCCGGAUAGUUCUCGCAACAUCUGCAGCAGCGUCUUACUUAUGUGUCAAAUCUUCUUUUUCUCCGAUAACAGACAGAAACAUGGUAUGACAAAGGCCAGAAGUUAUAGGAAGGAAAGGCUUUGCGUCCGAAUGGUAUAAUCGGAUAACGACCUGUCAAGU